AUGGCGAAAUUCGGAGAGACUCCCACGAGGGGAGCUUUGAUGCAGUAUUCGUUGUUAGCCGAGCAUUCCAUAGAUUAUUUUGAAAUUCUUGCAAACUCUUUCAUUAAGUCCCAUGUCGGGGCCAGAAAGGUACAAGCCCAAAAGGACGAUAUAUUCAGGAUUGCACAGGGAGAGUCCGAGUUACUGCGAGAAUUCAUUACUCGAUUCCAAAAGGAAAGAAUAUUGCUCCCGGUUGUCCUAGAUGAAUGUGCAGCUGAAGCACUCACCAAAGGACUGAAUCCGAGAAGUUCAGACGCCUUCCGAAAAUUGAAGGAAAGCCUUCUUGAGUUUCAAGCAAUGACUUGGGCGGAUGUCUACAACCAGUACAAGUCCAAAAUAAGGAUCGAAGAUGAUCAGGUUGGUUUUCCGUCAUCAACCAAAGGACAAGAUAAGAAUAGAGAAAAAUCAAAAGAUGAUUACGACUCGGACAAACGGACUUUGAAGGGCCAAAUUUUGCUCUACGAAUGGACCGAAGAUUGUGGCAUAGGCUUCCGGCCAGCAGACAAGUUCAUCGUUGAUAGAAAAACUGAUCGUGGCCGGAACAACAGAUCACUACAGGAUAAAGAAGUGUCAGGGUCAUGGGAUCCUUCUUACCCCAAGUUAUCUAAAUACAAAUUCAACGUCAGUAUGGUGGAAUUGGUGUCAGCCUUGAGAAACAUCAAAGAAGCACGGUUCUUGAGAUACAACGUAGAACCCUCGAAAGCAGGAGAGGAACUACCAUGCCAAAUGAUCAAUAUGAUCUUUGGAGGGAAUGAGAUAAACAGGGUCACCUUUUCGGUGGCAAAGAAGAUGAAAGUAUCAAUAACUACAAGCAAAAGGCUCCAAGAAGAUGACAUCACUUUUAAUGAGGACGACGCAGACGGAUUGCUACUACUG